UGACAGCUUCGACAGAGACGAGCACGACGUCAGCGACAAGCACGACUGAGUCAAGCACGACUACCCUGUCAAGCAGAAGCACCACGGGCACGAGCACGACUGGCAGCAGCAGCACCACGCGCAGCAGCACCAGCGCAACCAGCAGCAUCAGUGGUACUACAAUGACUGGCACCAGCAGCACCACGCGCAGCAGCUCCAGCGCCACCAGCAGUAUCACCGUGAGCAGCACGACUGGGUCGAGCAGAGGCACUCGCAGCAGCACGAGCGCAACCAGCAGCACCACUGCGACCAGCACUACUCGCACCAGCACCGCAACGGGCAGCACUACCAGCGAAAGUAGCAGCACAACGCGCAGCAGCACCAGCGCAACUAGCAGCACCACGCAAACCAGCACGACGUCUGCGACAACCACCGCCGAGACCAGCACGACAACACUCACGAGCACCACGGGGACGAGCACAACGACCUUGGUGACCACCACAGUGACCAGCACGAUAUCAGUGACGACUACGACGGACACGAGCCCGAUAUCAGCGUCAAGCACGACAGAGUCAAGCACGACCAGUUUAUCGAGCACCACUGGCACGAGCACGAUGUCCGUGACAAGCACCACAGAGACCAGCACAACCACGCUCACGAGCACCACGGAGACGAGCACAAGGACGCUGACGAGUGUCACAGUGAGCAGCACGAGCUCCGUAACGACUACGACGGAGACGAGCUCGACGUCAGCGACAAGCACGACAGAGUCAAGCAUGACCAGUGUGUCAAGCUCCACUGGAACGAGCACGGCGCCAGACACAAACACGACAGAGACGAGUAUUAUUAGGGCUUCAAGUACCACCGUCACAAGCACGACGUCGGCGACAAGCAUCACAGAGACCAGCACGACACCGCUCACGAGCACCACGCAGACGAGUAUCGCGACGCUGAUAAGCACUACAAAGACCAGCACGAGUUCAGCGUCGACGACGACAGACAAGAGCACGACGUCGGCGACAAGCAAGACAAAGACAAGCACGAUUACCCUGUCAAGCACCACGGGCACAAGCACGACCAGCACCAGCAGCACUACGCGCAGUAGCACCAGCCGCAACCAGCAGCACCUCCGAUACAAGCACAUCGGAGACGAGCAGCACCACCGUGUCCAGCACGACAGGCUCCACAGCACGAGUGAAACAAGCAGCACCACCGUGACCAGCACGUCGAUGAGUAGCAGUACCACUCGCAGCAGCACUAGCGCAACCAGCAGCUCCACUGUGACCAGCGCGACGGAAACCAGCAGUACCACAACGAGCAGCACCAGUGUGUCCAGCACGACGGGCUCCAGCAGUACCACUCGGAGCAGCACCAGCGCAACGAGCAGCACUACCGUGUCCAGCACGACUGGCACCAGCAGCACAACCUGGAGCAGCACGACGGACACCAGCAGUACUACCCGUAGCAGCACGAGUGAAACAAGCAGUACCACCGUGACCAGCACGUCGAUGAGUAGCAGUACCACUCGCAGCAGCACUAGCGCAACCAGCAGCUCCACUGUGACCAGCGCGACGGAAACCAGCAGUACCACAGUAAGCAGCACGACCGGCACCAGCAGUACCACUGUGACCAGCGUGACGGGCACCACAGUACCACUCGGAGCAGCACCAGCGCAACGAGCAGCACUACCGUGUCCAGCACGACUGGCACCAGCAGCACAACCUGGAGCAGCACGACGGACACCAGCAGUACUACCCGUAGCAGCACGAGUGAAACAAGCAGUACCACCGUGA